GCUCAGCUGAGUGUCUGUCCCUCUGUCUCCUGUCUCUCCUCAUCAUAUACGACCACACGCCAGUUCUCUCGCAGAGAAGUCCUCCGUGUCCCUCAUGUCUGUGUCCUCUUGUAGCUCCAGCGUCGGUCCCGUGUCUCUCAGCUGCUGCUAGCUGCUCAGCAUCAGAGCUGGACAGACGACCUGCCGCUGUGCCAGAUGUGCGGGGUCGGCACAGCCCCCAACUGUGUGUACAGUCCUGAUGAUAAAGGAACCCAGAGCCACCCCAACGAGGACGGACACCUCAGGUUCAGAGGGGAGGAUGGCUGUUUCCUGUACGGGGUUUUUAACGGUUACGAUGGCAGCAGAGUGGCCAGAUUCGCCUCCCAGUGUCUGACAGCCGAGCUGCUUCUCGGGCAGCUCAAAUCCAAUCACACGGACAGCGACGUCCGAAGGAUCCUUUCUCAGGCGUUUGAUGUGGUGGAGAAGAGCUACUUUGAGACAAUAGACGAUGCUCUGGCGGAGAAGGCUAACCUCUCCAACUACGUCCUACCACACAACGAGAAUGUGUCCUUCCACCAGCUUUCUCCUCAGAAUCAGAAGGUGCAGGAGCGUUUGAAGGAGCUGGAGCAGGAGGUGUCAGGAGGAGCUACAGCUGUGGUGGCACUGAUCCUCAACAACAAACUCUACAUCGCUAAUGUUGGCACCAACAGGGUUCUGCUGUGUAAGUCCAGCAGCGAUGGGCAGAAUCAGGUUCUCCAGAUCGGCCGACCACACAACACCGACAAUGAGGAUGAGCUGCAGCGACUCACUGCUCUGGGUGUGGAUUCAGCUCGUGUGAGGCAGGCGGGCCAGAUAACGGGGCAGAGCAGCACCAGGAGACUGGGAGACUACAGGGUCAAAUUCAACUACAACGAAAUCGACCUGCUCAGUGCGGCCAAGACAAAACCAAUCAUUGCAGAGCCUGAGAUUCACGGCAGCCAGUCUUUGGACAGUGUGACGGGCUUCUUGUUGCUCAUGUCAGAAGGACUAAUCAACGCUCUUGAGUCGGCUCACGGCACCGAACAGGCCAAUCAGGAAAUUGUUGCCAUGGUAGCAGCAGAGCUGGCCCUCCAGACCAGUCUGGAGGCUGUGGCUCAGUCGGUGGUGGAGCGCGUCAAGCGGCUGCACCACGACGUCUACGUGUCCGGCCGUCAGAGAGCGACCUACUGUUCUCGGCACGAGGACAUGACUCUGCUCAUCCGCACGCUCAACUACCCACUAGCUGAUGGAGUGCUCACACCCACUCAGGGGGGUCGUAUCUACCCUGUGUCUGUGCCCUACUCCAACAGCCAGAGCACCAGUAAAACCAGCGUCACCCUCUCGCUGGUCAUGCCCUCCCAGAGCACCCUCACCAAUGGAACCAACACUGCAUCCACCUUGGAGGAAGGCACCCCCACGCCAGGCAGUCAGAGCCCAACGGCGACCCUCCAGUCCACCAACACCCAGACGCAGAGCUCCAGCUCCAGCUCGGGAGAUGGGAGCCUGUUCCGCCAGAGAGGAAGUCAGGCAGCGCAGCCCGACGAGACGGGCAGAGUUCCGCCCUACGUGGACUUCAGUCAGUUUUACAGCCUGUGGGGGAGUGACCACUGUGACGGCCAGAGCACCCAGGGAGGACUGGGACCCCAGUGAUGAGGAUGAGGAGGUUGCAGGGUGCAGGAGAGAGGCAGACUGGGAUUUCAAGCAGCGAGGAGGCACGUGGAUUGUGACUUUAAGAGGUGUUUGAGCCGUUAAUGUAUCAUAACUAAAAAUAAGUGACCUAAAGGUGCAUGAAAAUGGACGGACGGAGGACGGACAGAAGUUUUCAUGGUCUUGCUAUCAAAGAACUGUGAAGGUUUCACAACAUGCCACAAAAUGAUCUUUGCUCUUCCGUAACAGAUGCCGAUGAUGAGUGAUUGUGAAUAUAUGUUAUCCAGAUUGUAGCCAAUUUUGUCAGGUGUAAAAACAUGUAGGAAUCUCACAGACCGAAGAAUUCGUAGAGCUGAGAGUGAUCACAAACUGUCAGGCCUUAAAAUGGGAUGAAAUAAUUUGAAAGUUAUUUUUUCUAUAUGUAAUGAAAUAUAUCACCCGAAUGAA